UACUAAAGGCUGACUCGUAGUGUAACUUCUCCUGUUGGAGUUCUCACACCGAUCUGUCCCGAAGCGGACGCUAUGGGGGAAAACUAUCAGCACCCCGUUUUCUUCGGGUGUGACAGCCUUCUAGGGGAGCAGAGGAUGAAGAAAAUAGAGACAUAUUUCCGUGUUCGCAGAAGGUCCGGCGGAGGAGACUGCGGGCGGCUGGAAAAAGUGGCUGAUCAUGUCUACAGGAUCGCGUUCAGAAAUCAAAAAGAUCAACAGGAAGUAUUGAGGAGAGCUGAGCAUACGAUUGAGCUCCCUGAUGGUUCCCUGGUGCUCAGUGUCAGAGACUGUGAGCACAUAGAGCCUCCCGUCUCUUCUCAAGACAACAUCCCUGCAUCGCCAGCAGAGCAGAGUCAACAGCCCAUUCCUGACUCUACAAGUGGUACAGAGCUUGAAGAACAACCGGACGACUCUUCCAUUGCGGAGGAAUUGCUCUCCUCUAGUGAUCUCCUGGCUGAGCAUCACCAAGAGGAGGAGCAGACUGACGCUGAGGCUGUGGUUGAUGUUAGUGCCCAGAAAGGAGAUGAGGACAGACAGUGUGCUGAUGAUGAAACACUACAUAAGAGUGAAGCAGAGGUGUAUAGAGACUAUGACAGCGGGGUGGGACGUUCUCUGAUAAACACAGAGUUGCUGGAUGCAGCGGAUGAGCCAUAUUUGAGGGAGAGUUUAGGAGCAUUCAGCUUGGCUGAUAAAAACACAGAAGUAGCCACCUACAGCCUUACUGAUGAUCUCCAGCUGGUACUGUAUCAGGGGGACAUCACCGCGUUCCAGGCCGACGCCCUGGUGAACUCUGCCAAUGAGGAUCUAAAUCAUUGUGAAGGUAUCGCUGCUUCCCUGAGUGACGCUGGGGGUCCUGAAGUUCAGAGUGAGAGUGACGCUUACAAGGAACGUGAAGGAAAAGUCCCUACAGGCGACGUGGUAGUGACCUUAGGGGGAAAACUACGCUGCAAAAGACUGCUGCACGCUGUUGGUCCCGUGGCUGGAAAAGUCGAUGGAAAGGAGAGGGUGUUACUGGAAAGAACUGUUCAGCGUGUUCUGGAAGUGGCAGAACUAAAAAAAUACAGGUCCAUGGCCAUGCCCUGUAUCAGCUCAGGAGUGUUUGGCGUUCCUGUCACAGUUUGCUCCGAGGCCAUUGUCUCUGCUGUCAAGGAAUUUGCUAAUCAGGGUGGGCAAAGUCUUAAAACAAUCGCUCUGAUAGAUGACAGAGAAGAGGUGGUGAGGGCCUUGCAGGAAGCAUGUGACAGGCUUCUUUUGGGGAAAAAUUCUGCAUACCCUACAGAACACCCAGAUCGACCUGAAGAGGAGGUUCCGUUUGGUUCUGCAGCCAAAUAUGUAUCCAGAGGGGCCACCCCUGGAGCUCAGAAGGGCCACGUGAAUGUAGAGAUUGUUCAAGGGACCAUUGAAAGUCAGCAGACCGAUGCUGUUGUAUCUCCAAUGGUCCUCCAUGAUCCACAAUCGACCAGAGUUGGAAGCAUUCUCUUUAAAGAAAUUGGUAGUCAGCGGGCUAAAAAGCUUCAAAAGAAAAUCGGAGAGGAAAUGAUGCCAGGCGACUUCGCACUAGAAGACCAAUUGACUGGAGUUCCUUUUGGUGCUGUGUUCUUCCUCAGCCUCAUUCACUGGGAUGAAGAAGAAGAGGGAGUUGCAGUUCAGGUUCUCCGACUGGGUAUCAACAGCAUCCUGACUUGCUGCGAGAGCAGAGGGUUUGAAUCUGUGGCCCUACCAGUCCUUGGGACUGGCAUUGCGCUUCGUUUUCCAGCCACUCUGGUAGCUAGCGUUUUUCAGGAGGAGAUCUGUAAAUUUCAGCAAGAGAAAACCACCAGCACGCCACUCCAGAUUCGCAUUGUUGUACACCCCAAAGAUGAAGAGGCCUGUGAGGCCUUCAAGUCUUUCCAAGAAAAUAUGAAGUACAACAAUAACCAAGAUCAAGAUUCCAGUACAAAGAGGAUUGUUCUGCUGGGGAAAACUGGAUCUGGGAAAAGCAACCUAGCUACCACCAUUCUGGGGGAGCAGGCUUUUACUUCCUAUCAUUCCCCCAACUCAGGUACAGCGUCAUGUCAGUCGGAGACGAGAACAGUCAGCGGGAGGACCCUCACUCUGAUUGACACACCUGGUUUCUUCGACACUGAUAGGAGUGAGGAGGAGCUGAAGCCUGAGAUAAUGCGUUGCCUCACUGAGUGUGCGCCUGGACCGAACAUCUUUCUCAUUGUGCUUAAAGUGGACAAAUUCACAAAGCAUGAGCAGCAGGUUAUUACCCAAAUAAGCAAUUACUUCUCAGAGGAUGCUUUUAAUUACGCUGUUAUCGUCUUCACUCACGGGGGCCAGCUAGCAGAGGGGAUGACCAUUGAAAGUUUUGUCAGUCAAAAUGAAAAUCUCAGUGAUCUGGUGAAAAAGUGUGGAGGUCGCUGCCAUGUCUUUGAUAACAAACACUGGAACGAAGAUGGGGAAGAUGAAUACAGGAACAACCAGUUCCAGCUGGAAGCAUUCCUUCAAACAGUAGACAGGAUGAUGGUGGAAAAUAAUGGAUCCUACUACACCAACGACGUUCUGAGACGUGUAGAGGAAAAGAUCCAGGAACAAGAAGAGAGGAUAAGAGAGGAGUGUGUCCAUUUACCCCCACAGGAGAUCAGAAAAAAGGCCAAAACCUUUGUGUCCAACGAGUCUUUGAUACAGCUAGCAGGUACUGCCACUGGUGCUCUGUUGGGGGCCUUUUUUGGAGUGGCAGCAUUAGUAGAAUCAGUUUUGAAGGUAAUGAGUCCAUCUGAAAUAAUAAAGCGUGCUAAAAGCUUACAGACAGUGGUGCCCGCAGCGGCGGUAGUACAAGGUGAAGUCCUAGCUGUUGCUGCUGGUUUGACGGCAGGUGUUACAACUGUAGCUGCUGCUACAUUUGGAGGAAUCAAAGGUGGCAUCAUAGGAAAAGAUGCAUCUAAGGGAGCAAAGACUCCAAUGGAGGCAAUAGAGAAGUCUUAUGAGGCCAUGAAGGAAAAACGAAAAGAGUUCAAGAUGUUCCCACAACAGUAG